GUUUCAGACGUGAAGGCGUGCAUACACGUGUGUGUGCGCGCGCGCGUGCGUGUAUAAUGGCUGCCAGAAACAGCCAAAAAAGGAAACACGUGAAUUUGGGAUAAACUUGACAAAGUGAUGCAGAUGGUGUUUGAAAACAGGGACAUGACAACAGAAAUAAAGCAGCUGGAUCGGACAACAGUGAUAGAAGAGGAUGGUGAGCAGUCAAGCCAAGUACGAGCUGAUUCAAGAGGUGGGCCGAGGCAGCUACGGUGUGGUGUACGAGGCCGUGGUGCAGCGGACAGGCGCGCGUGUUGCUGUGAAAAAAAUCCGCUGUCACUCACCUGAGAACGUGGAGUUAGCUCUUCGUGAGUUCUGGGCUCUCAGCAGCAUCCAAAGCCAGCAUCCUAACGUGAUCCACUUGAAGGAAUGUGUGCUUCAGAGAGGCGGACUGGCUCAGCGGAUGAACCACGGCUUUGGCCCCUCUUCGUACCUGGAGCUAGUGGAAACGUCUCUGAAAGGAGAGCUGGCGUUUGACGGGCGCUGUGCCCGCUACCUGUGGUUCGUGAUGGAUUUCUGUGACGGCGGCGACCUGAACGCUUACCUGCUCUCACGCAAACCAAGCCGCCGCACCAACGCCAGCUUCAUGCUGCAGCUGGGCAGUGCGCUGGCCUUUCUGCACCGCAAUCGCAUCAUCCACCGGGACCUGAAACCCGACAACAUCUUGAUCUCUCAAGGUCCGGCCGAGCCCACGCUUAAGGUGGCAGACUUUGGCCUUAGCAAGGUUUGCUCAGCAUCAGGCUUGGACCCAGACGAGCCGGCGAGUGUUGAACGCUGCUUCCUGUCUACAGCAUGUGGCACUGAUUUCUACAUGGCGCCCGAAGCUCGGGAAGGCUGCUACACGGCCAAGGCGGACAUCUUUGCGCUGGGCGUGAUCAUUUGGGCGAUGGUGGAGCGCCUCACGUUCGUAGAAGCCGGCACACAGCGCGAGCUGCUGGGCAGCUAUGUGCGUCACGGCGAGGUCAUUGUUCCGCUGGGCGAGGCGCUGCUCGAGAACCCUAACAUGGAGCUGCUGAUUCCAGCACGGAUGAAAAGCAUGAGUGCCGGUAUGAAGCGGCUCAUCAAGGAGAUGUUGGCUGCUGACCCACGGCAGCGACCCGACGCCUUCGAGCUCGAGCUCAGGCUGGUCCGUAUCGCUUCCAGGGAGCUGGACUGGGACACGUGAGGAGUGUCCAGAGAAAAUUGUGAAUCGCAGGAAUACCGUGGAUGAAGAUUUGCAGGCAAAGGAAGUACUUGUCACUGACAGGUCGUCACAGGGGCAGAAAAAAAACCCCCGAGAGCUGAUUUCUCAUCCAGGUUUGAGCAGAAACAGAAACCCAGAGUAAGGGUCAACUGUUGAAUUAAGCCUUUGCUUCAUGAAUGACAUUCGGAGAUGGCCUAACCUCGGCCCAGCGAGUCACGUUUACAGCGCGAGUAGUGUAUUUCGGGAGGAAUAAUGUUCCUAGCUCUUCCAUGUAUUCACCACGGUCCAGUUUUCUUUAUUCAUUAUACUCCAGCUGAGCUUCCCAGUGAGCGAGACCUGACUCCGACAUCGACCAAUGCGUUUUCCCUCUCCUCUCUACAAUGUACAUUUUAUUUUUUUGUUCCGAAUUGUGAUUACGUCAGUCUGUUUAUUCAAGGGAUAGAAAAAAAAAAAAGUAACAAAAAACAAAUUCAUUCAUUGAGAAUGUUGGCUGCUUUGCAUUGCACCAUUGCCAUUACUUGAAUUUGCAAACUUGAAAGUCAAUUUGAAGACAAAAACGCUGCUGUUUAGCCAGAUCGAACAGACAUUCCUAGCCAACAGCACUUAUCCCCGGCACCUUUAACAGCACAGCCUCCUCAUGUGUCCUGUCUGAACUAAGGCAUGUAUAUUUGUAAACGUGCAUCUUUGUAAACGUGCAUCUUUGCCUUCAGGGUGACAUUCGGUUAACACCAGCACCCACACUUGUACACUGUGUGGGAUAUAUUUAUAUAAAGCCCCGAAUGCCACCGCGAGCAGAACCUCUCGACGCACCUCAGACUCUCGCUUUUCCCUCGCCGUAAUCCCCUCUUGUCAGGCCAACACUAAGCCUGUUAAAUUGCCAUCACCAAGGAAAAAGGCUUUGAAAAUGGAUUGAAAAUGCCAUUCAAGUCAGCAUCUUGUACCGAGACUAAAGAGUCCACAGACCUCCCCGUAGCAAGUGCCGUCUCCCUGCUGCAAAGUUACAACUUUUAAGUAUUAAUAUUUAAUACUUUUUUGAAGCAGAUAUUCAGGGUAGCCUUUUUAUUGGUGUACUUAUUUCAAACCAGUAAACAUUUAGUCCUGAGUUAACAAGUUUUAAAACACCCACUUCUUUACACCAGAAUGCGUAAUUCCCAAUCCGGUGUUGUUGUACCAGAGGUUUUGGAUCACCAGAAUACUGUUGAAGCUCCUUGCUAAGUUCGCAGAACAAGUUUGUAGUGACACAAGUAUGAUUGUGUCUUAAUGUGGGGGGAAAAAACAACAUAUAUUUUCCCAGGUAUUCUGCAAUAUGUUUGUGCAUAUUAAUAAAUAUAUCAUUGUCAGCUUUUGGGGAAUCAAUUCUAACAAAACACGGACAUAUAGACAAAAACGGACGAUUUGCAUUUAUCAGCGUGAACUAUAAAAGAAGGACUCGAUCUGAACGAAAAACCAGAAUCGUUCAGAAACGUUUAUAUUGUGAACGUAGCCUGAUUUUUGCCUUUUUCAUUGACCAGACUUAUGCCUUAUUUUAAUAUCCUGUUGCCUCUGUAAGCACAUUAUUUAUUCUUUUAAGACAACAAUGGCCUUGACUCUCUGGUUCAAAACAACUAAUUCAUUAGUUGUUCAUCUCACACACACACACACACACGUUUUUUUUUGCUUUUUUGGCCUACCUUUUUAAUAUGAUGCCUAUUGUUCGUAUUUGAUCAAUCAUCUCGGUCAUUACAAUUAUUAGACUACUAGCCCUGUUAACACUUAAGUACAUGUACUUAAAUGCUUAAGUAACACUUGUAAACGGAACUGGUAAAUAAGGCACCAUCAACCUCUAAGAGUGUUCACUAGAAGGUAAUAGGCCGUGUAUAAAAUGUUUUACAGCUGGUAUUCAUGGUGGCUAAACACCAGACGUUUUAUUUAGCCUUAGAACAAAAAGAUUUUUGUUAUUUAUUUCCAUGGACUUGGACUGAUCUUUGGUGCACAAGCUCCAAGGACACCUACAUCAGCGAGGUCUUCCUCAAAUCUGAUAUUUCAGCAGUCUUUAAAUUGGAAAUCAAUUAAACUUUUCCAACCAACUGCUAGAAAGAUUUGACUUUAUGCCCUUCAAUCUGGAUGGGAAGUGUUUGUUUGUUUUUUGUGCCCUUUCGUUUACAUCUUCAGUUGAUUUCUUUGCACGUGUAGAUACUGUAAAUGGACAACACACACACACACACACACACACACACAAGAUCAGAAGAAAGGAUCUUGAAGUCCAGUCUGUAAACAGUGGUGUUUCUUUUCUUUCUUUAUUAUUGUUUUUUUUUUUUUUUUUUGUAACGAAUGAUGACAAGCAGUACUUAAUAUGUAAAUCCGUCAAGUUUAGGAUGUAGGAGUUUUGAUUUCUUUUUGGUCGUUGUGAAAUAUGUACAAUGAUCGGUUACAGCCUCUGGAUGUGCUUAUGACGUGCUUUAACAAUGUGAGCAUUUUGAAAUUCCACUUUUCUUUGGUUUCCUACCAUUAUAAAGAAACAAAUCUUAUACAGGGAACACAGGGAUCACUUAUGAAAUACCAAUCAGCUACCUCUAUAGCGUUUAAAGCAGGGGUGUCAAACUUAUUUUAGGACACAGGCCUGUUCUGUUUACUCAAAUGGGCUAGACCAAAACAAAAAAAAAGGUAGUUUAAUAGACCAUCAGCAAAUCAUUGAAAAUGUGAGAAUGAAAAGGUGAAUUUUGAAUUCAGAAACAGAAUGAAUUUGUCAAAUCAGUAUCAGAUCUACAAAGAAUAAUCUAAGUUGGGGGAAAAAAAUUAAUAUUCAAAUUUACAGAUCCAUUUUUUUUUCUAUAUUUGGUUGUAGUGUCAAGUUUUAGCUUGGUAUUGACAAGGUAAAACAUUUUGUCAGCAGGUUUAUCGCUCUGUUUUUAAGUAAAAUAACAGAGCCUUUAUUUAUUUCGAUCUAAACUUUCAAUCAGUUAUUGGCCUGGUCCCGGGCUGUGGGCCGUAUGUUUGACACCUCUGAUUUAAAGGCUUGUGUCACUACCAGGGUUAAGCCUAAUACUGGAUUACAACCAUUUGGUGGAUAAAUGCAUUCAUUCAAUAAAGCUGCCUUUCUCAACCAACUUUAGGUGCUAACAGUUUGAGACACUGGCCCAGUACGUCCUCCAUAUUAUGCCAAAAGCACUGGAAUAUCAGGAAAAGCACCUUCAACUCUGUGUUCGAGGCAGCUCAAGCUCUCUUAAUCUGUGUUCAUAUUUGUACAUGAAUGUCCUUGACCACGUUAGAGAUGUGAGUAAACGGACAGAAAAUGAAAAGGGUGUAAAGUGAAAGCAGGCCACAAUGUAAGCACUUUGGUCGUUUCCCUGUUUGGGUGGAAACCUGCAUGAAUUAGUGGACUGUUUGAUAUAAAGUUGAAGUAAUUCGUAUAUAAAGAAUGAUACAGGAAUUAUUUCGUUGAUGUAUAGAAGAAAGUCACUUCCUUCACUGUGCCCUGCUCACACAAUCACACCUAACAUAUCUCGUCUGAUUGUUUGCUUGACGUCAAACAUCGAAGAAACGUAUCGAUAAACUGGUGUACUUUGUGGCUUGUUUGUAAACUAACCGUUUUUUGUUCGUUGUACAGUAUUUUUAUGAGAUUUGAGAUUUACAAGAGGCUGUAAAUGUGUAAUUUAUUGUUGGGAUUUAUAAAUAAAAACAAAUGGACUUGGAACAAA